AUGGCUGGGAGGAACAUUGGAGUCGCAGUGGACUUCUCAUCAUGCAGCAAAGCAGCUCUACGAUGGGCAUCAACGAACCUUGCCAGGAACGGUGAUAAACUCAUACUCAUCCAUGUGAACAAUUCCUAUCAGAAUGAGCAGGGCUCUGUUCAUCUCUGGGAGCAGAGUGGUUCCCUAGAUUUGAUGUGUCCCACAAAGGCAGGACUUGAAUAUUACCCGUUUCUGUUGGCACACUCAUCCCUCUGGCCGAGUUCUCAUGAUGUCACCAGGACAUAUGGUGUAUCACCGGACAAGGAGUCAAUUGAGAUCCUCACUCAAGUGACAAAUCAAAGAGGGAUUGAAGUCUUUGCAAAGAUAUUCUAUGGUGACCCUGCAAAGAAGCUCUAUGAAGCAGUUGACCUGGCUUCCCUUAGCUGCAUGGUUAUCGGGAGCAGAGGACUAAGCACGCUCAAGAGGGCUCUGAUGGGGAGCGUGAGCACCUAUAUUGUGAACCACGCGGCCUGCCCUGUGACGGUUGUGAAGGAGAACAUGUAG